AUGGAAGGGGAUAGAAAGUUCCAGAAGACUUCCUGGUGCGCCACAGUGCCCGGGGGCCCCCGGCUAAAGGAGUCGGUCGAGUUUGCCGGCAACGUGCGCUGCGAUGAUGUCAUCGCUGGCCUCAGGGGCCUCAUCUUUAGUGGGGAUAACAAUAGAACGCCCCCCGCUGGCCUCAUGCGACCAGAGCAGGUGCUGAGGCUUGCUAAGAGGUGCCGAGUUGGAGAGGGGCCCCUGUUCGUGGAGACCUGGGGGAAUUUGAAAACCGCUGGUCCUUGGGAUGACACUUCCAAAAUGCACCUGCUCUCGGGACCUAUCCUCGGUGACCCCACGCCCCCUACAGGGCAUUGGAAGCAGCGCAUAGACUUUGCAGCCUCCGCAGCCGAGGAGGCGGGGAGCCCCCGGCAGCCCCGCGCAGACCGCUGCCCGCCGCCGCCGCGCUCGCUGCCCCCGGGCGCCUGCCAGGCCGCGCGCUGCCAGGCCGACUCAGAGGCUGGGGCGAUUCUCAGCUGCCUGGGGCGGGGCUCAAUGUAACCAUGUAUCGUUUCGUUAGUUUUAGACUGGCUAGUGCAGCCGAAACCUCGAUGGCUUGGUGGCAACGGCUGGCUCCUGGAUGGCCCUGAGGAGGUGUUGCAAGCCGAGGCCUGCAGCACCACGGAGGACGGGGCGGAGCCCCUCCUCUGCCCCUCGGGCUACGACUGCCACAUCCUGAGCCCCGGAGAUGUGGCCGAAGGCAUCCCCAACCGCGGGCAGUGUGUCAAACAGCGCCGGCAGGCAGAUGGGCGAUUCCUACGACACAAGUUUUACAAGGAAUACCCAGAGGGCGACUCCAAGAAUGUGGCCGAGCCCGGAAAAGGACCCUUGAGGCACUUUCAGUGAGGCAAUGGGGCAGCCAGCGCGCAGGAACAUUCUUCCACUUUCUGCUAAGCCUUGGAAACCGUUGGACCAAACACGAUUUGACCCCCAGAGGCCAUGCCCAGCUCAACAGAGAUACUCAGACACAGGACACCCGGCUCUCGAUGCCAGCAUGACCCGCCUGGCUGGGUGACUUCGCGGGAGCACUGGGUCCCCGUGUGACCAUCCGGGGAACACAGCACACCUAGCAGCCCCGCUAGACCCGGAGACCCCACGGAGCCCACCCUGGAAGAGGUCACUGCCUUUGUGAGCUGUGUCAAGCCCCUUUCCGUGUCUGUGUUGUUACGCAUUUCUUCCAGAUUUGUCUCUGGGAGGCAUGUCCCUAUGCCAAA